AUGCUCAGAACUGCUUUCCACAUAUCCAAGCAAAGCGCGGUGCUACACGCCAAGAGAUCCAUGUUGCUAUCAUCUACAAGAUGCUAUCAUGAAAAGGUGAUUGACCAUUAUGAAAAGCCUCGCAAUGUCGGAUCCUUCCCAAAGACAGACACGAACGUAGGCACGGGCCUUGUGGGUGCUCCUGCUUGUGGCGAUGUCAUGAAAUUACAGAUCAAAGUAGACGAUAUUACCGGUAAAAUCACAGAUGUUAAAUUCAAGACGUUUGGCUGUGGUUCAGCUAUUGCCUCUUCCAGUCUCGUCACCGAGCGUGUUCGUGGUAUGACACUGGAUCAAGCUGGUGCCAUCAAGAACACAGAGAUCGCACAGGAAUUAUGCCUACCACCUGUCAAACUUCAUUGUUCUAUGCUUGCCGAGGACGCCAUUAAAUCAGCCAUCAGAGACUACAAGUCAAAGCGCAAAGCUAUGCAUGUUGCAUGA